UUCUUACCACCUUGGGGCACCAUUCAGGGACAUUGCGGUUGUCCCAAGUGGAUGGUAUGAUGAUAGGAUGGUUUUCUGGCCCAGCUAUAAAAACACAGACAGAAUUGAAAGGGCCGAUUUAAAUGAGGAGCAGCAUGAGCCAAACUGGCCAAGAUUUGACGUUUCUGUUGUCCGAACUUGUGACAACUACAAAGACGCAUUAAAAAUAAUGCAACAAUAUGGAAAGGGCUGCAACACCUCAGACCUGCAAUCUGAGGCAGAGAACGAGGAGCUGCCAGAAAAAAGGAACAGGAAGCCAGUCCAUCGUCUCGGGGACUCAGAUGAUAGCGAAGAAGACCCGGGAAAUAGUGACCUCACAUCUCUGGGGUUGGCAAGCCAAUUGCACAGGCAGACUCCACCGUCUCGCCGAGUGCCAGCAAGAGUCAUGAGUACUUGUCAACUCGACUCCUCAACUGGAGGUAACUUUCUAGCACCUCACCAUGGGGAAGGACGCAUUCAUAUGCCUUCACCAGCACCUGCAUUAAACAUGCAGAGAGUUACACAAGGAACGGCAGUCCCUCCUCGACUCCCUCCACCCCCCUCACCAGCAGCCCUCAACAUGUGGCAGACAGAGGAGCCUGGAUCCAGCCUGGCCUACAGGCCAACAUGGCGAGGGGAAAGAAUGGCCGACAACAUUUCCUGCUCUGGUGCUGUGAGUAAAAAUGUGUUGACAAGGUCAGCCACGGACGCUGAGGUCACCAAACACGCCAUCAGGUGGUUCAACUUGGCGGGGGAUCGGGCAACGAGGAGACGAGUCCCGCUUCCACCUCCUCAGGAGGAAUAGAGAUGUAUAUGUAUAAAUAAACAACCUUUUAUUGGACUUCUUGUCAUUCACCAGUUAUUCAUUUUCUGAUAUGUUAGCUGUGCAUGGAGCAGCGUUUCCUUGAAGUUGUAGCCUAAUAGAUUAAAUAUGUAUAUUUACUUUUUAAAUAUAUAUUAUAUAUAUUUACUUUAUAGAGUGAAUUGACCAUUUUCUGUUUCUGCCUAUU